CUGCAGUUCACUGAGCCCGCCGUGCUUUACUGAGGAGGACCGGUUCAGCCUGGAGGCGCUCCGCAUGAUCCAUAAGCAGAUGGAUGAUGACAAAGAUGGUGGAAUCGAGGUAGAUGAAAGUGAUGAGUUUCUAAGGGAAGAUAUGCAAUACAAGGAUGCCUCAAAUAAACAUAGUCACCUGCACAGAGAAGACAAGCAUAUCACCAUUGAGGAUCUGUGGAAACGCUGGAAAACAUCUGAAGUUCAUAACUGGACUCAAGAGGACACUCUUCAGUGGCUCUCAGAUUUUGUUGAAUUGCCCCAAUAUGAAAAGAAUUUUAGAGACAGCAAUGUCAAUGGAACAACACUUCCCAGGAUAGCAGUAAAUGAACAUGCUUUCAUGAUCUCUCACUUGAAAAUAAUUGAUCGGAGUCACAGACAGAAGCUUCAGCUUAAAGCCUUGGAUGUUGUUUUGUUUGGACCUCUCACUCGUCCCCCUCACAACUGGAUGAAGGAUUUUAUAUUAACAGUUUCUAUAGUUAUUGGUUUUGGAGGCUGCUGGUUUGCAUAUACACAGAACAGAACCUCAAGAGAACAUAUCACAAAAAUGAUGAAGGACUUAGAAAGUCUCCAAACAGCAGAGCAAAGUCUUCUUGACUUGCAGGAAAGGCUUGAGAAGGCACAAGAAGAGAAUAGAAACGUUGCUGUUGAAAAGCAAAAUCUGGAGCGCAAAAUGAUGGAUGAGAUCAAUGAUGCAAAACGUGAAGCUCACCGCCUCAGGGAAUUGAGAGAGGGAGCUGAAUGUGAGCUCAGCAGGCUCAAAUAUGCAGAGGAAGAGUUAGUACAGGUUCGUAUGGCUUUAAAAAAGGCUGAGAAGGAGUUUGAGUUGAGAAGUAAUUGGUCUGUUCCUGAAGCUUUGCAGAAGUGGCUUCAGUUAACACACGAAGUUGAAGUACAAUAUUACAAUAUCAAAAGACAGCAUGCAGAAAUGCAAUUAGCGAUUGCUAAAGAUGAGGCAGAAAAGAUAAAAAAGAAGAGAAGCACUGUAUUUGGAACACUACAUGUUGCACACAGCUCCUCCCUGGAUGAAGUGGACCAUAAAAUUCUUGAAGCAAAGAAAGCACUCUCUGAGUUGACGACGUGUUUGCGGGAGCGUCUUUAUCGAUGGCAGCAGAUUGAGAAGAUUUGUGGGUUUCAAAUCGCACACAAUUCUGGGCUACCAAGCUUGACCUCCUCUCUCUACUCUGAUCACAGCUGGGUAGUUAUGCCUCGAGUUUCCAUUCCUCCCUACCCAAUUGCAGGGGGAGUUGAUGACUUAGAUGAAGACACUCCUCCAAUAGUUUCACAGUUUCAUGGGUCCAUUGUAAAAGCUCCCAGCACUCUGGCAAGAAGCAGUAGCUUGUGUAGAUCAAGACGCAGUGUUGUGCCAUCAUCUCCACAGUCUCAGCACGCUCUGCACUCCCCUGACCCUGACAUCCUCUCUGUGUCGAGCUGCCCAGCUCUCUAUCGAACUGAAGAGGAGGAGGAAGCCAUUUACUUCUCUGCUGAUAAACAAUGGAUCAAAAGCAAUGUCAGCUACUGGGCGAAGAGGAGAUGGAUGGUAACACAAUUCUUACAGCAUGUUGAGCGUGUACCUACUCUUGUUACAUGGCCUCAUAGGAAAAGGUUAAAUUCCUUUUGGAAGGAGCAAAUGAGCUUGUUGAAAGGGAAGUACAGGAAACAGGUUCGGAAUGUGACUCCUUAAAUUCAUCCAUUGGAAGAAAACAAUCUCCUCCAGCAAGUCUUGAGAUGUACCAGACAAUUUCUCCUCAGAAAGUAUCACCAGAAGAAUUCUCACUGGAGGAAUCAUCUACGGGAGACUCCUCUUCUCUGACUGCAGAUGUUUCUAGGGGCUCUCCUGACUGUGUAGGCAUGGCAGAAACUAAGAGCAUGAUCUUUAGUCCUGCAAGCAAAGUUUAUAAUGGAAUCCUGGAGAAGUCUUGCAGCAUGAACCAGCUUUCAACUGGGAUCCCCGUCCCAAAGCCUCGUCACACCUCGUGCUCCUCGACCGGCAGUGAUAGCAAACCCAGCCAUGAAGCUGCUUCUGUCCCCAGGAUAAGCAGCAUCCCACAGGACCUCUACCAGAAUGGUGAAAAAAAUAAAAAGCCAUCAAAAAUAAAAAACCUCUUUAAGAAGAAGUGUAAGUGAGGUGGGCAGAAGAGAACCUAUAGUAAUAUUAUGAGAACUCUAUUUUUUAAAUCUUUAGGAAUGUAAUUCCAUUUGAGCAUCCCAGAGUGGAUGCCCCAAUGGAAUACUCUGUAGGUCACCUAUAUUUAAUGACUGUACUGUCAACGGUUGUGCCAGCUGUCAAUGAGAAAUCAUUAAAACGUUCAGACAGUUUACAUUCAUUUCUGCCUAUUUAUUUCUUUAUUUUUUUAGGUUGUCUUUUUCAGCUUUUUUUUUUUUUUUUUUUUUUUUUUUAACUUUGAUUUGUUGAGCUUUUUAAAUUUUAUUCAUAAACCAUUUUUAAGCCACUCUGGACUCCUAAGCUUUAAUGGACUAGUAAGCCUUCCUGGGCUUGCCAAAGUUUCUUGUUUACUGGAGCAUCUUCCUAUCUUUCCAUAGAAAUAGGACAUUUAUCUACUGGACUUUAAGGAAAAUAAAAGAAGUAGAACUAAAUGAAUUGCACUACUAUUUUACAGACUGGAACAGUCUCUGCAAGUGAAACUGAAAGACUUGUAUUUGACUGAGAAGAUGAAUCUUUUCACUUUUAGAUCUUUUGGGGUUUUUAAGUAAAAUUUAGCAUUUCUAAUUGACUUGAUUUCUGGAAAUGGAAAUGUCAUGCUUUUAUUAUGGGAAGCUUUGUUAGAUGCAUUUAUUAUUAGAAUGGUUCAAGUCCUGCUGUAAAGAUCAUUUUUUUCCCAGGACUUUCACUGUGAUUUUAAUUCACUGCAGGCUGUAUGAGAAACAAACAAAAAAAAAGAAAAAAAGAAAAAAAAAAAGAAAAUAGUAAAUUACCAAGAGAACAGGCUCUUGAUUCCUUAUGCAAGAUGGUUGUGAAACUUCACUGAAGACUGAAAAAAUUCACCUCUCAAAAUGAGGAGGGGGAAUUGUAGCUUUUGUUUACAGAUUGACAGACAAUGGACAUUUGGGUUGUGAAAGUUUGUACUGUGGUAAAGAUAAUAAAUUGAAAACAUUAUUGUGCUUGGGAAUGUUCCAAUUCCAGCUGAUGCUUGUUUCAGACAUGUUUCAGAGGUCCUGUUAAUUGGAAGCUGUCGUAGACUACAUUGCUUAUGCUUACUGCUGUGUAUAAGUUAUUAUAUUUUUUGAAUUAGCUAUUAUUGUCUUAAUGUCCUCCUUUUGUAAGAUUUCAUACACUUUAUUUUUGUAUAGUUUGAAGAUUUAGCUGUUCAGAGAUGUCUGAAGUAAAUGGUAUAAUUUUAUAAUGCAUACUGUUAUACUAACUCAUAAUUUUAGAUAUAAAGAUAGAUAUAAAGGUGAGAACAUGCUUCAGAUAAAAGAAAUUUUUGUGAAGCUUUUUUAGGGAGAGGUGAAGUUACUGUGAGAUAACAAGGAAGCCUUCUUAGGGUAGCAGUAGCUAGGUGUUCAAAACCAUAUUUUUUUUUUUUUUUAACAUUUGGAGACAAGAAAUAUAUGGCUUAAGCAACAGUGCCUUUUAUUCAGUUUGAAAAUAUUAAUAUACUGAGCAGGAAUUUCUUCUGAGGUACAUUCCAAGGAAAUAUCUCCUGCUGUAGUCAACAGAAGCAAUUUACCCAGUGGUGACUAAACAGUCUCAGAUCUUCCACAGGGGUGUUCUCAUUGCCUCAGCAGCAGGUGCCACCGCCAGGGACUUGUGACUGGGGGCUCACUUCUUGCCACUAUGUAUGUGAUGUACUGUGUGAAAGAAUUAUUCACAGACUGCCUACAUUUUUUCUAGUAAGGAGCCUUCAAAACCUGUAGCUAAUUGAAAUCAAAUGAUAUGUGUCUUUUCUAUCAUUUUCUAUUUAGGUUUCACUGUACAUACCCAAUGUGUUUGUUCUGUCCUCAAGAAGUGGUGGUGAUUUUAACAGGUUGACUGUGAUUAGUGACAUGGCUGAAAGAGAAGGGUUAUAAAAUGGGGUGGAGACCUUGCAUUUGCAAGUACUUUACAUGUCCUGGUACCUUGGUUAAUUCCUUAAGAGAACAGAAAUAAUCCAGAGUUUUGUUGUCUAACAGAGACUGAUUGUAGGCCAUCUAUGCAGAAAAUCAUGGGACAAAUCAAUUAUUUGAUAAAGUUUGGUGAAGAAAAAAUUAGUGGAAUAGAAAAUAAUGAGAACAUAAUAUUGUUCCAUUAUUCUCUGAAUCAUCAGAUUGACCAGCUGUAGCUUCAAAAUAAAGCAAUUGCAAGGUAGCAAUGGUCUCUUUGAACAAAGAUUGUGCACUCUGUACAUGGCAGACAGCAAAAAGCAGUGAUGAAAAAAGACUUGUGCUGAAGAAGCUCGUCAAUGCUGAGCCUUCCAGAGCUGUAGCUUAAACCCUGAUGAAGUACUUGAACAUCUACAAAGGGAACAAUUACUUUUAUGCAAGUAGGGAACUUCCUGUGCCUCCCAAACAACAUGGAGAAAACUACUACCAGAAAAACCUUGGUGCACUUGAGAAGGCCAUAGCAAUAAUUGAGUUUAAAAUAAGAUCUGGGGCUGAAUAGUAGAUCUUGGUGUGAGGUUUGAGUAACUCUGUCUCUAUCAUUACCAAAAAAGAUGAAGUGGCAUUUUGGUACUGGAGAGUAAACAUUUACACAUGGAGAAAAAGCUGGUACUGAGUAGUAGAAGGGCAGCACUUCUUAAUUCUGAUAUCCAAAUUGGGCAAACUCAAAUGUUGAGAAGCCAGAACAGACAAAUUCAGUUUUCUGUAGUAAGUGUAGCUAAAAGUGAAAUAGAGGAGAUACUGAGCUCUUUAUUGGCUGAGAGUUAGUGCUAAGUAUAUUUUUAAAAAAACAAUUUAACUAUUUUCUGGUAAAAAUACUUCUUUGUACUGUGCAAACAAAUCAGAUAAGAUUGUCAUAGUGGUAGAUUAUGGCUUCAGAAUGGCAAACCUUUGGAGCACAAACAACUCUCAACACUCGGUGUAUCACCAGCUGUCCUGUAACUUUAUAGCUGCUUCUUAAUAAGUGUUAGAGAACAAAAAGCUUAAAUCAAUACAAUCAGAAGUGGUGAGUAUUAUAUGUUGGAGGACAAACGAAUUCUAUGUUAAUUGAGUUUAUUUUUUAUUAUUAGCCACUUGCAUUUCUUGCCAUUUAAAUUUGUCCACAAUGUAAGUGGCCUCCAUGGCUCCUCCUCCAUCUUUAAACGGUUCAAGUCAUGUUGUUGAGGGAUGCUGAGAGCACUGGCUCUGAGGCAGAUCUUCACUGGCAGUCGUCAAAUCCAGUCCUAGCAUUGAAGUACCUGGCACACAUCUGUUAUGAAAUAACAGGAAACUGAAUCUCACAUCCAGAUCUAAGAAUGAGACAAUGUGCCUCAGAAGGUUCUCUGUUCCAUUUGCUGCCAGUGUGACUUGAACGUGCUGGCAGUCAGUGAGUGCAGCCAGCAUUCCAACCACCAGGAUUCAAAGGGUGUAUCAGUCACUUGAGACAGUCAGCUAGUGUCAUUAGAGAUUGGUUUGUGGGGUUUUAUUUUGUUUGUUUGUUUUGGGUGGUUUUUUGCUUUUUUUAGCUAAAAUCCAUGUUCUAUUUUUAAUUAUCUGGUAUUUCAGAAGAUGAGGUUCUUUGCUAUUUAAAUGUUUUGUUAGAGUACUUUGUCAGGACUGCAGCAGCUUCUUUGUGGAAAUUGCCUAGAAGACUUCUCCCUGUUUAAGGUUGCUGUUUAAGUCACUUGUAAAAUGAAGUGUCAAAUGUAAGGUUCUAUAUAAAGAAGAAAAAACAAAUCCCAGUUCUUCCAAAACGAAACAAAUACAAACCUUUCCACAAUUCUUACUAAAGCUAAGUACACUUGAUUAGCAUAAAAGUUUUGGGAAAGGCAUUUUGGUUACCAUGGGGAAUGCUUUUUACCAUCUCACAGUGGGCUUGGAGAUUAAACCAGCUGAUUGCAUUUGCAUUUUUUGGUUUUUCAUUUUGGUUGGUUCCCUUCCAUCCCUCAUCCCCACAGCUCAGUGAUGGAACUUGAAAUUGUUCAUUGGCAGUUCCAGGCAUAUGUCAACUUCCCCUGCUGGUACCUAGGCAGUGGAUUUCCCUUUACUUCCUGAAGGGCAGUUUGCUGAAAAAGGAAAAAUUCUCAAUUGUCAUCCAAGUAGUAAUGUUAGAGUAAGAAUGUGAUUCCUUGUUUGGAAGCCUAGAAGAUGAUGAAGCCAAGAAUACUUGAUUUUAGUUUUCUUACGAUAUUUAUGGAUGCCAGCUGGAGUUAGGCAGUAAUUUACACCUGAUUAAAAGCCUAAAAAGAUAACACUAAUUAGAAAUUAAAGCUUUCAAGAUUUUGCCUUUUGCUUCCCAAAAUAUGGGAACAUGGCUUGCACAGGAGGGAGAUGAGCUGGUUAGUAAUUCUUGUGUCACCAGCUCUUAGAGUUUCAGGAUAGUUUCCUUCUGUUUCCAUGAUACAUUGCUGGAGAGGGAUUGCUACCUUAUUUUCAUAAAUAUUUUUUUCCCCAUUCAAUUACAAGCAUAUUUUUGAGCAAUGAAGAAUGUGAUUUUUUUUUUAAAGCCAAAUACAGGAAUUACUAAUUCUUGGACCUCUUGUCUAUUUGCUUAUCUCCUUGUGCAACAGGUUAACUUGGAUGAACACAUUUUUCUAAUCUGUUCCAGUUGCUCUUGCUAUAGGGGUGUGUUAAAAUCUCAAGAUCACUGAAUCACUGCUCCAAAUUGCUUUGUAGGCAUUUUAACCUGGAUCCUGCAUCUUCAUGAUUCAUGGUGAAGCCCACUAUGCCUGGUUGAGUCUAAGUGCUGCCAACAUUUUCUGCUAAUGGCACAGAUGUUCGGACAGCUAAUAACCAAAAAUUGCCUGCAGUUUGGCUGCCUGACAGUGUAGAUGUUUAGGUGACCAUUCUUUGAGGCUUCAUUAGCAGUUCAAAUGUGUCAUUCAGGUAUUCAACAGGUAGUUUUUGCUUCCAGCCCAGUACAGAUGGUGUUUUUCUGACUCUCCACUUAGUCUUCUGUUACAUAAACAGAAUGCACCAAUUCAUAAAAGUGGUAACAAUAUGAAAUGUUAAACUAUUAUUCCUGGGUGCUCUUGCAUCUGGCAUUGCUGAAGCAGAUGUCAAUACUUACCAAUCUACUUCAGGCAUUCAGAAAUAAAGUAGAUUUCUGUUAUCUUUUGUUUUUCUUUACAACUUUAAAUCUCAAGUUUUCCAAAUUUUUUGUGUGUGUUCUGUGUAUUUAAUGCUUUGCUGAAAUUAAAGUGGGAAGGUCGAUUUCUGCUUAGAUGUUAAGGAUUACACAUUUGAGCAGGGUGAAAAGAAAUGCCUCUUGUUCAUUGGAGAGGAUGAAAAAUGUUUGGUGGCAUUUAAUCUCCUAAGGAACACUCACAAUUUAGAUUGCUGGAGAUAAGAGGUACAUUCAGUCUCAACACUUUCAGAUCAGUAACUUUUUAUCCAACAUAAAAAUCCCACUCUUUUCUUUACAUGUACUCUCUAGGGUACAUGUAAAGACAGUGUACCUUCUUAUUUCUAAUUUCUAUUCUGUUUUUCACCCAGCAUUAAAUUUAGUAGUUACAGUACUAACUGGGGUGAUUGCCACACCUCAGAGCAGUUUCAGAGAAUAUUUAGUAGCAUGUCUUAAUGUCAGUUUUGGUUUAAUAUGUGCUAAAGACAUCUGAAUCAAAACUUUGUCCUUCACAUUCCUUUUAUUUUAAUUCAACUCAGUUAUUUGUGAACCCUGUCCUGUUAAAAAAUAAACAGGUACUGGUAGUUGUUUAUAGUUCAGAGCAUUACAGGCCUUUUUCAGUUGGGAAUUACUAGUAGAUAAAUGAUAAAUAGUUGCCUUUUAAGGACUUUGUCACAGUUGGAUAUUGUAAAAACACUACUGUACUUCAGGUGAAUGAGGUGGAGCAUUGGCUGGUGUGAUUUGUGUAUGAGUGGUAAAAUUAUCCUUUAAUUAUCCUUUGAUUGUUUAUUUGUGUCUUAAGUUAAUGCUGCACAAUUAUUUUCAGACUUGAAUUAAUUUAAAAUUAAGGUCAGUAUGUCCAACAGUACAAAAGUCGGUCUUCAGUUGUCAGCCAUCACUCCAUUCUUACAGAAAUUAAUGACAAUCUUAAAUAUUUGUACUAGCUUGUUAGCUUGUUGGGUGGUAAUGGAUUCUAGUAAGUCUUCAGGUGAAGGCAGAGAACUUCGGAAGUGAGCUAGGUAACCUGUGUUCUUUAUCAGCUUUCAAACCCAUCUCCCAGUAAGAUGGAGUCUCCCCAGGGGAAUGUAGAUGUACUUACUGCUUGGAACUUUGUAGUUAAUUAUAUUUGGCUCUCUAAUUCUAAUAACUUGCAUGUGUGCUAUGCUUGCUUGCUUUUCAAUAGCUGACAAAAUCUAUAGGAGAUCUUGGGAGUUUGUCUUAAAAAAUUGCUGUUAUAAAAAAUAAAAGACUGACAAGAGAAAUCUGUCAGGCUGUGAACUGAAUAGAAUGAACAAAGAGACCAGCUGUUGUCUAAAAGUAUGGUUUAAAUAAUUCUUAAUGAAAUGAAUUGGGUAGCACAUUGUCUGUUUUCACAUCGCUCUCCUCCAAGCAACAAAUAUAAUUAGAAUACCCUAGACUUCAGCAAGGCUGUUUGGGAGAUGUCUUGCCCUGUUUUUAUUUUUAAUUUAAAUAAUGUUGAGUUGUAGUGAGUGUUCAGCAUAUUAAUGCCUGACUUAAAAGAUUAGCAGAAUUUGAAUGACUUGCAUUGUUUUGUUUAAUUGCUGCUUUAUAAAAAUGUAGAUACUUGCAUAAAGCCCAUUGGAUCUGGAUAUGUUUUAAUUACAUAGCAAGAAGAGGACCAAGACAAGUAAAAGUGUGCAAAAUUUGAAUCUUAAGAUGUUUACUGUUCUGGGAAGAGAUGUUUUCCAUGCAGAUUCUGCUCUUCCUCUGCUCUUGGCUUCUGUUUGUUUUCAUUAGUUGAACUAAAACAAGAAAGAAAGCCCUCAGACUGACUAGUUUCUGUCUCUAAUAUAUACACUGUACUUGCUUUUAACCUCACCUAUUGCAUGUUGUUAAUGCUGUACACAAAUGCAUUUGGGGUAUUUCUUUGGUGUUGUACAGCAUGAUGCAUUUCAUCCCCUUUUCUAGUUUACCUCCCAUUAGCUAUAUAUUGCUUUACAACUGGAAAAAAACCCUGAAUUUGGGGGAAUUUAGUCUGUUUGCAUAUAAAAAUCUUUUUUUUUUCUUUCUUUUCUGUGAGUCUUAUGAGAAAUGUCCUGCUUGGAGAGUCUCAGACAGUAUUUUCCUGUGUUUAUUCAUGUUACUUUGCUUUACUUUAUAAGUGAAAAUUGAUUUUAUUGAUUUCUGAUGUGUUGUUGCACUUAAUGUUGAAUAAAUCUGACUUUCAUUUUGAAAAGUGAAA